GAGUGCAGAGAGAAGGAGUCGUGUGCUACAGAUGAUGGGAACUGAGUGCCUUAACCUGCAGGAUACACAGGAACCCAUCACCUGUUACACAACUCUGCUGUAGGGUCACUGUUUCCCUUUACCAUGUUGCGUAUCAUUGCUCUUCUCGCUGCCCUCGGUGCAAUCGCUCAUGGAUGCCCAACUAUCAUCACCAAGUCCCAGUGGGGUGCACGUGCCCCCACAUGCCGUACAGCCAUGGCGACCCCAGUCACAUACGUGGUCAUUCACCACACAGAGGCCAGUGCUUGCACCACCCAGUCUGCAUGCAUCACACAAGCCAAGAACAUUCAGAAUUAUCAUAUGAACUCCAAUGCCUGGUGUGAUAUAGGCUACAGCUUCCUGGUUGGUGAGGACGGAAAUGUAUAUGAAGGUCGCGGUUGGACAUCAGUUGGAGCUCAUGCCCCAAAUUACAACUCAAACUCUAUUGGAAUCAGCGUUUUUGGAUCUUUCAUUAACCAUAACCCCAACACUGCAGCCCAGAACGCAGUUAAAGCCCUGAUCAGCUGUGGGGUCUCCAAAGGUUACAUUAAAUCUGCCUACAUCCUGAAGGGACACCGCAAUGUCACCGCCACUGACUGUCCUGGGAACACCUUCUACAACACCAUUAAAACCUGGCCCCGUUUCCAGGCCUGAGCCCCAGGUCUCAUACUAUAGCAGCCAAUAAGAAUAUUGUGUUCUCGCUGUCACAUGUAGACAAGUAAACAUAAGUGUGUAUAAAA